AUGGCUCAAUCUGGUGAGCAGGAUGGGAGCAGAGGCGUGGAGUCCGCCUCUCCUUCCAUUGCAGCUGCGUUCCUUGUGACCUUCGACAAUCGCAAAGGUUACACAAUCGCGUGGCAGAGGUGCAUUGAGCAAAUCAAACUCGAUGGAGUGGUCGAAUUCAAGUCGCUGCCUUCUGGUCUACAUAAUGUAACUGAAGAUCUAGUGUAUUUUGUGCACGAUGGUUGUGCCGGAGUCAGUGCAUUCUUACGGCAAGAUGACACAGAAGCAGCACGAAAUGCUCGGAUGCUCGCAGUAGGUGUUCUGGUACCUCUAGAUGCGCGGAAACUGGGAAAGAGCUUCGUCUAUGCACAAGAGCUGAAAGAGUUGGCUAGACAGCUGAUCGACAAUCUCAAUAACCAUGAUCCGCUCGAAAAAUUCUGGGAGGAGCACCAUUCGAAGAGCGAGAACGAGCAGAGAGAUGGAUCAGAAUCGCAUGAUUCGGAUGGCUAUCAAAAAACUCGUGCGCCGAGCAUCUCGAUAUUGACGUCGCCGAGCAACAGCCCUACCCUCCCAGCCCAUCAUCCAGCUUUGGCACUCCCCGAACUACUGACCAUGUUUGGUCCGUUGCUGUUUCCUCUCUUUCGCGCUGCACUCUUACAAAAGCGGAUCCUGAUCCUUGGAGAAGCACCAGUCGAGCACAUAUGCAACGCUGUCUAUAGCCUCUCGGUUCUGUCCUCUCUACCCAGGUCGACCGUGGCAUUACUACCGCACUUUGAGAGAGAGCAACCGAAAUACCAACCUCUGUUCAACAUUGGAGUUGCAGAUAUUCCUUACCUACAGGAAGCACAAGAUUCAUGGAUUGCGUGCACCACAGAUGAUGUCCUAGCCACGAAACCUCAGCUGUUUGAUAUGCUCGUUAUUCUUCCGACAUCGACAUCGAUGGGUAAAGUAGGCAAUAAAGUAUAUCCGAAGCUGAUCUAUUCGACUCCACAAUUGUCGAAGCAGUUUCCCAAACAGGGAGUACGUGCGAGUCAGCGCGACGCGAGGAAGUAUUUGGGGUUGAAAGAGAACAUACAACGACUGGAUUCCAGUGCUUUGGUCAGCAAUCAUAUCAACAGCGUCACUUCCGACGAUGAUGCGUCAACGACUUCAUCGAUCUCUACAGUCGCCGAUCAUCGAGAGGCAGUCGAGCCUGCGUCAUGGACAGUUAUCGCGUACACUUCACUCAUCUGGUGGGUUUCAGCAGGUGAUAGGCGUUCAGGUCUUCUAGAAGCAGAGGAGCUUGUGGAUGAGCAGGACGAAGCUCUAUUACGCGAUGCUGUCGCUGGAGAUAUCAUGACGAAGGAAGUCGCUAUGGUAGCCUAUUUUCAGAAAUUGUCCACGCUGAUCUUUUCGGUCCUCAGAAACGCAGUCGACAGGAGUACUCCCAACGGUGAAGAAAGAUACCGUGACGAUGACGGCGAGGAUGCAGCACUUCUGUCCCAAGAGAACGACAAAAACGAGGAUUUGGUCGACAUUACGGAAGAAGACAUCAGAGCUAUGGGUCUUAAUGUCUGGAGCGAGUCGGACAAACAUUUCAUACAGGAAAUGGUCGCUUUCUGGUGGAAGAAGGAAGCCGUAGUGCAUGGCGGCACAGUCGAAUGUUGUGGAGUUCGCUUCGCAUGA